AAAAAAAAUAAAAAUAAAUUGUAGCUGAGUUUUCAUUAAUUUAUUGAUUCCCUAAUCGCGAGUUUUGGAUUUUCUUUGUUUUUCUCAGCUGCUCUAAUGGCUUCCAAUCCUAACGAGGAUGCUCCCGCUGAUGAAAAAUCAGGUCCAAUGGAGAGCAAGAGUACCUCGGAAAUGGGCUCAGCUGAGUCACAGGAUGGACAAACAGGAUCUGCCUCUUCGAUGGGCGCUGGAUUUCUUCCCAAUCCUUUUGAUUUCUCAGCCAUGACUGGGCUUUUAAAUGACCCUUCCAUUAAGGACUUAGCUGAACAGAUAGCAAAUGAUCCUUCAUUCAGCCAGAUGGCAGAACAGCUUCAGAAAUCAGUUCAAAAUGCAGGAAAUGGUGGUGUUCCACAGGUUGAUCCACAGGAGUAUAUGUCCACCAUGAAACAUGUUAUGCAGAAUCCUCAACUUAUGACAAUGGCUGAGCGUCUGGGGAACGAAUUAAUGCAGGACCCAUCUAUGUCUCAGAUGCUUAACAAUUUGACAAAUCCAACAUGUAAAGACCAGAUGGGGGAUCGAAUGGCCCGAAUCAAAGAAGAUGCCACAUUGAAGCCUAUUUUAGAACAUAUAGAAACGGGUGGUCCGGAUGCCAUGAUGAGGUACUGGAAUGAUAAUGAUGUUCUGCAGAAGUUGAAAGUAGCAAUGGGUCGUCAAGUUUUAAAAUAUGCGUCCUCCUCUUUUGAAAAUUCAGAUGCAGAUGAAGACCAGAUGGGGGAUCGAAUGGCCCGAAUCAAAGAAGAUGCCACAUUGAAGCCUAUUUUAGAACAUAUAGAAAUGGGUGGUCCGGAUGCCAUGAUGAGGUACUGGAAUGAUAAUGAUGUUCUGCAGAAGUUGGGAGCAGCAAUGGGUCUUGAAGUUUCAGAACAUGCGGCCUCCUCUUUUGAAAAUUCAGAUGCAGAUGAAGCAGAAGAAGCGGGAAAUAAAGAUAAGCCAAUUAUUCAUAGCUGUGCAAGUGUUGGGGACAUUGAGGGUUUGAAAGCAGCAUUAGCUGCUGGCGCUAACAAGGAUGAAGAAGAUUCAGAGGGAAGGACGGCUUUGCAUUUCGCAUGUGCAUAUGGUGAGGUGAAAUGUGCCCAAAUCCUUCUUGAGGCUGGAGCAACGGUGGAUGCUUUAGAUAAGGACCAAAGCACCCCACUUCAUUUUGCUGCUGGCUAUGGCAGGAAGGACUGUGUAGCACUGUUGUUGGAUAAUGGUGCAGACAUCACUCUUAGAAAUGGGGACUACUACAAGACUCCUUUCGAGCUUGCAGAGCUCAACAACCAGCAGGAAGUGUUGAAGUUACUUGAGAAGGAUGCCUUACUGUAGAUACGGUGGUAUACACCCAUGACUCCAGUAUAAUGGGCAUAUAAGUUUGUGAACAUGUUCCUCAUUGCAGAAGGCCCCCUCUUGCCCAAGGACGCGUCAUGAGUAGUGUUGUUUUUUAUUUUAUUGAGAACGAGAAUAAACCACAAAUGUUGAACACUCUGGAUGGGAAAUAAGUGGGUUUAACUUACAUUACAUCAUCAACGGCUGAUUUAGGUGGUUAUUGUCCCUUUGUUGUUAUUAAAUGGAGAGAACGAUAUGUAAAAGGAAUUUAUGUUUUAUAUUCUCUAGAUUCACUGCUCAUGAUUUUUUU